UCUGACGGUAGAGGAGUACAAGUUCUAGACCAAGUAGACGCCGCAGAAGAAUCUAGAAUACAGCACGCAGGGCACAAGGAGAAGAAGAGGGGAAGAAAUAUUCUUCCCGUCGAAAACCAGAGAGAGAGGGAAAGGGACAAAAGGCGAGAGAUAGGCCGGCGUCAUCGUCGUCUGAUCUGCUGCGGAGCGCGAAGAGGAGAAAGAGGGAGAUCGCCGGAGUUGCAGAGAUGUUCCUGGUGGACUGGUUCUACGGGGUGCUGGCGUCGCUUGGGCUGUGGCAGAAGGAGGCGAAGAUCCUCUUCCUCGGCCUCGACAACGCCGGCAAGACCACCCUCCUCCACAUGCUCAAGGACGAGCGGCUCGUGCAGCACCAGCCGACGCAGUACCCGACGUCAGAAGAGCUGAGCAUCGGCAGGAUCAAGUUCAAGGCCUUCGACCUCGGGGGCCACCAGAUCGCCCGCCGCGUCUGGAAGGACUACUACGCCAAGGUUGAUGCUGUUGUGUACUUGGUGGAUGCUGUUGACAAGGAACGGUUUGCCGAGUCAAAGAAAGAGCUUGAUGCGCUUCUAGCAGAUGACUCCCUUGCAAACGUUCCUUUCCUCAUACUGGGCAACAAGAUUGACAUCCCAUACGCGGCUUCAGAGGAGGAACUGCGGUACUACCUUGGCCUGAGCAACUUCACAACGGGGAAGGGCAACGUGAACUUGGCUGAUUCCAAUGUUCGCCCCCUGGAGAUCUUCAUGUGCAGUGUGGUGCGCAAGAUGGGCUAUGGUGAAGGCUUCAAAUGGAUGUCUCAGUACAUCAAGUGAGGCACUGUCGUCCUCUUUUGUCCAUGGCGCUGCUCAGGUUCGCAGGUGGUUGAAAAUCAAGUGGAACUGGUCGUAACUAUGGAGAACAUGGCAGCUGCAUGAAAAGGUUUAUGGUAGCUAGUGACAGGCAAAGCUUGUAAGUUGGUGUUAAUUAAUCCUAGAUAUUGUGAUGGGGUCUGCUUUCUCUUCUGAUUGUUUCUGGGUGGUCUAAACGGUUCAAAAAAAAUGCGGUUGCUUCGAGGCAGCUAGAAGUAUUUAAUCUUAUGUAAUCACGUUACAUGAAGCAGUGCAUUGUUCAUGGCAGCUUUGGGU